CACAGCGGGUGGGCGUAAUGCACAAGGGCCUACUGUGAUGCCAUCGAUCUGCAUGCACCGUCCGAGUGGCGCUGAUCUAAUGCUGCGAGGUGCCCUCAUCCCUGCGACGCCGUUCGGACGCUCUGAGGUGAGAGAAGGGCAACCAGGAGGGCCUGAUGACACCAGCAAUGACAUCCCUGUGUGGUUCCUCUGUGUGAUUGUGGCAGAUCUGUGACUCACUAAGGGCUUCUUCCGUCGGCAUGUUAACCGAUGUGCGGCGAUGGCUGAAGGGCUUAUUCGCGGUGAGCCAGGCGAUGGGAGCAGCCUACAGUGAAACGGUCUGUCUGUGUUGAUGUUGACUGCAGACAUCGUCUGACGCAUCAGCCACUGUCUUUGCCGCUGACGUGCCGCAAGAUGUCGCCCCGACGGUUGCCGAGUACGUCAGGAGUUACUCACAGCUGGAGGCCCUCAUCGACGCCCAUCCCACCCAGUUCACCGCCGCCGUCCUGCUGCCCAUCCUCAAGCGGCGGCUGUCCGUCGUGGUGGCCUCGAUCUUUGGUGGCCUGGUGGAGGUGCCCCUACCUCAGCUGACUCAGAGUGUGUCCAUCAUUGUGGCCAUCACACGUCGGCUCUUCAUCCUCGAGAGGGGCGGCGAUUGGGCCAGAUGGCGGCCAGUGCUGGAGAUGCUGUACUUGCUGAGGGGCAAUAGGCCUUUGGUGCUGGAUGACGACGACUUCGGUGUCUGCGGCAGCCGGGCGGCCUUCAUCGGCGAGACCGAGGCCGUCCGGCAGUGGAAGAUACUCAGCCGGGGGGUCCCUGUCAGUUUUCGAGGCCAAAUGAUACGACUGAUGGGCGCCAACAUGAUUUUCCGCCGCGGCGCCAACACGAGCCAGUAUCUCCUCACCCCUCUGGACGGACCGAGCCCCCUCUUCCCUAAUGUAUUCGAUCCAGCCAAUCCGCCCACUCAGCUGAGAGACUGGACGAGCCCCAGCUACACAUCGAUGGUGGCCUUCGUCCUUUUCAGCUGGCUUCGUAACGGCGACCACAUCCCUUGCAUCAAGUUCUGGUUGUCUUGGCGUCCUGCCUCUGCUGCCUCUCGGCGUGUGAAAGGGCUGCUGGCGGCUUCUCCCAGCAAAGUGGCACAGAGGGGGGCGGGGGCGUUCGUGUUCGACGAAAAGUUCUCUGCCCGGGUGGUACGACAGGGAGAUCCAUCAUCGGUGCCGGACGGGAAGAUAGAGAGCCGUCAUCGGCGGCUGGUGGUGCUGGGCAGUGGGGCGAUGGGUGAGGGGCACAUGGCGGUCAUUUGGCUGAGCGAUCGGGAGGGUUAUUAUUUUCGUGAUGUCUCCAUCUACUCAACCGAGCCGGCCCCCCACGACAAGACGCGCACUGUCGUGAUGAGAGUGUUGGGGGAUCAGCUGGGGGGCAAAGUGUGGCGGGAGGAGAGGGAGACGGACGAGGCCAGGGAAGCUACGGCGUGCGCUGUGAUGUGAUCGGGGGCUCUGCUGUAAGUGUGUCGAUUGUCCAUCCAGGACAGACAGCUUGGCGGUCAAUGAGAG